AUGCGUCCGCUGCUACAGGAGGCGCAGUUCGCGUGCUUCGAGGACGACGAGGGCGUCACGUCUGAGCUGUCUACGCUGCCGAGCUUCGUCAUCUCGAGUCCAUCUGUGCGCUCACAGCCACCCAAGAGUUUUGCGCGUGUACGCGCAUUGGAAUGCAGCGGCUCCGGGAGCUUUUACUUCCAGAACGAGACUUUACGUGAUCGCUUUGUGUGCUGGCGUGUGCUGAAAAACGUGGUUUUACUGCGUGAAUGGAGUUUAAACACGACGCUAAAGCAAAAUGGCGUCCGCUUGGAGUUCCCCGCUCCCGUUGUGAGCACAGGAGUGUUCGCGGUCGAAAGCUGGGAAGACGAUGCAGUCACUAUCAACGUCGUAACCCACGCUGGAACCAUCCACCGGUUUACUUACUCCGUACCGAGAGAUACCGGUCUCAGUAUCUUCUCGCAAGCCAAUACCAAGGCCUUUCCCGAGCCAACACCAGCCACACGCAGUCGCUGUGACGUGAUGCAGACGCUACACAGCAACGAGAUCUUGACAGUCGCACUGUGGGUGAACGAGUACAAUUUAGUACUAGGCACAGACAGUGGGCGCGUCCUUGGCGUGAACUUUGGACUGCCCAGUGACGCGAAAAAAGUGCAGGAAUUUGUGUUCUCAGACGAGUCAAUGGUCAGUUGGAUCUGGCACGGACUUAUCAGAUCUACGACGGCUAAAUUAAAGGGAAUUGGGGACGAUACCGAGCGGAAAAAGGUCGGAGCGGCGGUGGUAGCCAUGACGUGCUUCGAGAUCGAAGCAGAGGAAGAAGAGGAUGACAAGGACGUGUGUGUUGUCACGGUGUCAGCUGACUGUGUGCUUCGAGUGUGGAGUAUUGGCUCUCAGUCGUGUCUAGGACGACAGCAGCUGCGGUCUCUAGUGACUUGUCAGACAUCUGAGGACGAUAACGAGGACGCUGGUUGGAAUGACGAGGAUCUGGAUGGUGAUGACGGGUCCAGUGGCGUCGGAGUGUACGCUACACAUGCCAAAGUGGUUGCAUUGUCGGCCACAGAGUCAGAUAAUUGCAGAUUGUUGGUGCAUCUGGACACGACGGCAGCUCACUCGUCGGAGAUUUAUUUGCUAAGAGGAGACGUGCAGUCUGCUGCUGCGUCGAGUGCUGGAGGGGGCGAGGAGCUUGCGUUGGAUACAGCCAGAGUGUUCACUGUCCAGUCUCCGGAGCUGAAAGCGAAGCGAGGACUGAAGAUGGUGGACUUUGCUGUGGAUAAAAACUUCCUCUUCUCGUCGUGGCGGUCGUUGGAUGGCGACGAAGUGUACAUCCAUCCGAACCCGAUGGCUCUUACAGGUCCUAGACGUAUUCUCGGCCAACCUGUUAGUAGUUUGGACGUGCAGAUGCAGCAAUACCAAGUCGAAGACAGCAAUUGGCUGUUUGAUCUCAAGGAAGAAGGCGUGUUGACGCUUAUUGACGACUUUUUUGCAGAAAGAAUACUUGUACCGGGUCGAUUCUCGAGACAGAACCUGUCUAAUGCGAUCGUGGAGGCACAGAAUGGUAGUGUCGGUGGAGUCAGCUCGCAGUCGCCGUUUGCUCACCGUGCGCCUAAGUACAAGGACGUGCUGGUGCGUCUAGUGUCAAGCCGGUGUGUUGAUGCGGCUGGAGCAGCUGCUGUGCGUAGUGGAACAGCUCCCAGUGUGUUGCGUAUUAGAGUGUGGAAGGAGCUCAUCGCGCUAUGCACCAAGCACUGGCGCUGCGAGAAUGUGCCGAUAGGCUUCGCUACCACGACGAACGCGCUUCUUCCCGGCGCGCCAGUGAUGCUGCGUCGUAACCGCGUGUCGUUGUUGUUCCCAUCUGCGCCAUCCAUCACUGCUGCGUUCGUCCCACAAGCGGAGCAAGGCUCAACAACCGGCGAGUGUGUGGCUGACCUGGUUGCCGAAGUUCUUCCGGUGUUUGACGCGUUCCCGAGCCAGAGUUUCCAGUCGUUUAUCCAUCGUGAAGUCGCUGACGUAGCGUCCGACUGGAAGGUGGAGUCCUUCGUGGCGUUGGCACGUCAUUGCGUGCGUCUCGGCUUGAAUCCCAACUUUAUUGCUAGUACUGCUGUUACCGGACAAGUUCUCAGUGCUGAGCUGGUUCUUACGCGCUGUAUUCUUCGUCUCAGUAAGCUUCUGGGAGGCGAUGCCGCCUUCCAAGACCAAGUGUUCAAAGACCUGGUGGAGCACUUGUUCCCGCUCGAACUGUGGCGUGGCGCAGGGGCUUACAAGCCGUCGUCACCCAAGCGAGAACGCGAUUCCGACGACGAAAUGAGCGACGAUAAGGACGAUUUCGUCAUGGCUGAUGCUGCCACGUCGACGGAUUACUAUUCGACCUCCAGAGCCUUCUUUGCUGGCCACGAAAUGUGCUUUGCGUUCGACCAGGUGGCGUCACGGACCAUCGACGAAAUGUGCCUCCAAUCGCUUCGUGUUGUGCUCUUCCUGGCGUAUCUAGUGGACACUCGACCAGCUUUCCUGAGCUCGGCUACCUUGAGCCAGAUCGUGCGUGUGUAUCUGCCGAAAUCGAUCACAGUGUAUCAACGCUGGAGACUCAGUCGAUGGGUAGCCAGUCAAUGUAUCACGCAGCCGGUUGCAGACACGGAUGCGUCUACCACGUCGUCUGGAUCACUGAUGCCGCCGCUGCUUCAGAUGUUCCUUCUAGACGUCAACAAGAAGCUCAAUCGGUCAGACAAGUUCAAGCGCGCUCUGUCCGUCCUCCAACUUGCCAGUGCUAGUAACAAUGUGCGUAGUGAAGAAGCACACGGCGUAUUGGCGACAUUUACGCGCGAGCUCCUGCAGUACGUCUCUCAGCCUAACGACGCGUUGGUGAGGUUUCUCCAGAAGCGACAGCAGUUCCGCUUACUGCGCGCUAUGUUCUGUUGUAACCUCAGUGACAUUAGUCUACACGGUGGUAACAAGGGCGACGUUGCGAGCUCGCAACAUACGGAACAAGUGCAUCAGUAUGUGCGCUCGAUCGCGGAGAGUCUGGCCUGUGAAGGUCAAGAGGCUGCUUCGCGCGCUCACGACGAUAAAGACGCUCGCGACCAUGCACGUUGGUGCUUUCAGCAAGCGAUCCGCUGCUUCAGUAUCUGUCUAUCCAACUUUUUCUUGGAGAGGAAGCACAGACAUUCGCUGUCUGAGAAGGAGUUGGAGCAGUUCAUUUACGACGUCGUGGGGCUGUUGAAGGAGACGGUGCCUCGUGGUCAUUACGAUCAGUUGCUGGGCUUCUUGUGGACUGUGGCUACGCAGGCAUUGAGUCACUUGGCGCAUCAUGACGGCGGGCAAAGCUUCGCGGUGCAGUCGUUCAUUUGGGUGAACGUGUUUAAGUACUCCGUGGAGGAGCGGCUAUAUCGAGACGCACAUCUGGCGCUGAUGCACACUGCGGAGCUGUCGGCAGCAUUCGGUGCGGAGGCUGCAGAUGCUGACGGUACAGCGAGUGAGUGUGUCAAUUACCUGGUCAAAGAGUUGUUCCGUUAUGGCCAUCUGGAACUUAUCUGCGAGUUGCAAUGGGGGUCGUUGGAGUCGCAUGUGGAGAAGUAUAUUCUGUGGCAAGCUGCGAAUGCUACGGUUGUUCAAGGCGAUGGCUUGGAUGCCAGUGCCGUGCGAUACUACAACUUGCUGUUCACUUUCUACAUGCGCAAGCAACAACCGGCCAAUGCGGCGUCUUCGCUGUACGCGCUUGCGCUUCGACUACGCCUGGCAGUAUCUACGUCCAAGGCUGCGCUUGAGGCUCAGCGUAACGCUCUGAAUGCUGCUUGUCACGCGUUAAGAGCACUGCCUGUUAAGAACCGCUGGUUGGUGCGAAAACUACACACAGAAGAGCUCAAACGUCCUGCGUUGGACACUCCCGAAGACAGCAGGUCGACACCCUCUCUUAGUGUUGUUACGCUUGAAGAUAUGCGUCGGGAGCUGGCUGUAUUGGACGUACGAUGGAGGGCGACGAAGUGA